CACACACACACACACACACCAAGUAGCUCGAGCCCCAGUGGAGACGCUGCUGACGCUGUGCUCGCUCCACCGACAACACCGAGUCACGUUCUGUUCUUCUCUCGCUCCACCAACAACACCGAGUCACGUUCUGUUCUUCUCUCGCUCCACCGACAACACCAAGUCACGGUCUGUUCUUCUCUGGCAGAACCGGAGAGCGAAAGCCCUUUAGGAUUCUAUCUCUCGCCUGUGAUAUUUGGAGCUGAACGACCGGUCGUGACGGAGGACGCGAGGAGAAAUACAAAAAAAUAGCGAAAGGGAGAAAAGAAAAGAGGCCCUUUCUCAACACAGACCUGGGGGGUUCAUCCUGCGCUCGUAAUCAGGGAUUCAGACCUUGGACACCAGGUGGUGCCCUCCCAUCAGAAACACUCUGAGAGCAGCCUGACAGCGCAGGACGGAAGGAGGGAGCGAGAGAGAGAGAGAGAGACGACCAUCUGUGAAUCACAUUAAGGCAGCUGUGGUUAGAGUGGACUGCAUUUAUUUUACGAACGAGAGGCAGAGAGGGGGACAGAAGUGGAGAGAAGGAGAAGGGGAUAGAAGUGGAGAGAAGGAGAGGGGGACAGAAGUGGAGAGGCAGAGAGGGGGUCAGAAGUGGAGAGAAGGAGAGGGGGAUAGAAGAGAGAAGAGGAGAGAGAAGGACAAAAGGAGAGGGGGCCUGGGUGAGUUUCCAAGCCCAGGACGGUGAACCCUGAUCAGGGGGACUUUCAGGCGACAGUGGGGUUAGACCAGGCCCCUGGAGUUCCUUUGGACCUCUGAGAAGACCGUGUUUAGGCACAGGUGAAAAUCAAGUGAAUCCUGACUCUAAUGGAUUCUGUGAUUACAGCAUGGACUGACCUUUUCUUCUCAUCUGAAGGAAUAUUUUAGUUUUUUAUGUGGACUUUUUUCUGUGUGGAAAUGUGUCUAUUUUUUCUGCAUGAAUUUGGAGUUUCAGAUCUUUCUGGUGUGGAUUUUAAGGAGGCUGUUUAGUUGACCCUGUGGAUCUGAAACUGCCCCACUCAUCCGAAGAGAUUUAAACAAUAACUAUUUUGGCCUUGGAUUUUUUUCACAUGUUGUGUUUUUUUCCAAUAUGUUUUUUUUCGUGCAGUAAUUGAGACUGCUUUGUAACCUUGGUAACCAAGCGGUAACCAGGCGUCAACUGAGCGGUAACCAUGGCAGCAGCCUAUCGCGUGGUAGUGAGCAGUGUUAGUUGCUACAGCAGCGUGGUGGUGGACCGUCGGGCUCAGAGUCACGCGGUGCACUACUGCUCCGGGUCAUGUGGGGCGCUGUCCCAGGGACUGGACUGUACUGUUGCCCAUCGCAGCACCUGCUCCGAGCUGCUGACCGCCCUCUCAGACACACACGCUCACACACACCCCGACCCCUCACACACAUUCACACACAACCUGACCCGAAACGCUAACUCUCCUCACCAAAUCCCCAACGGCUCUAAACUUAGUAUGACCAGCUGUAAUGGGCGCAGUGGUGUCCCUAAUGAUCCUAGCAGUGUGUAUGGUGUGGUGGGUGAGGACAGUCCUCCAUGGCGAGGUAAGAAGGCCAACAGUACCACCACUACUACCAGUCCUGACCGGCCUCUCCAGAGCUCUGCCAGUCUGAAGGACAUCACAGGAGAAGCCAUCAACCUGGCCAGUGGCAAACUCAAAGAGUUCUCCUUCGAGAAGCUCCGCCUUUCCACCAGUCACGUGACCUUAAGGAAAGGUCGCAAGGUCAGGCCGGACUCCUACAGCCGUCGGUCCACGGACCUCGACAUCGUCUACGGACACUUCACCGGGAACGUCGGAGGAACCGGGAAUGGGACUAUUACCGGAAACGGAAACGCCAAUGAUGAGAACCUGCCACCUUUCAGCGACACCACCAAGGUGCUCAAAGGCCAAUCGCCUGCUAGCAUCAACGCCGGGGGCGGGUCUCUAUCCACAACCAUUCUAUCCAGUGUCUCCAGGGCCGGGUCCACCAGUAGCCUAUCUAGCGCCUGCUCCGGUUCCUUGGAGGCGGGGCUAAACACAGUGGCGUCUCUCUACCUCAGCUCAUUAGCCGACGAGUCCCUCAUCGCCCGGUUACUGGAGAAGACCCGUGCAGGGGAGGAGGGAGGAGUGGGAGGAGCAGGGGGGGAAGACAUACGGGCCUGUCUGGACAUUCUGGUCAAGUGUUCAGAGGACUUGAAGAAAUGUACUGACAUCAUCAAGCAGUGUAUCAGUCGGAAGAGUCCCGGGGGAGGGGAAGAUGGGGGAGCCAGUCCAGAGAGCAUCUACAGAGCUGUGAUGACCAGACUGAGCUCCUAUCUGAGGAAACUGCCUCUAGAGCUGGAGGGGGCUGGGUUAGGGUUAGGGUCAGGGGCAGGAGGUCAAGGGUCAGGGAUUGGAGGUCAUAGCGAGUUGGCCGAGCUGGUUAGUAGUCUUCAUAUGCUGCAGCAAGCUGCUGUCCCCUUCUCACCUAUAUUUGGGAAUGAUCAACCGCCACGGUAUGAGGACGUUGUUCAGAGCCCUCCCUUACCCAAGAGCAGGGAUCUACUGCCACCCUCAUCACUCGCUCCAGACUCUUCUCUCCCUUUGUCCACUACGCCUGAGACAGCAGGGAGACAUAAGGUUCAGACCAACGGGCUGCAGCACACGCACACUCUGUCACACACACACUCUCCCUCACCGCAUACACACACGCUGUCCGUUUCUACCCCUCCAUCCCAGGCACACACACCUUCAUCACAAACACACACUCCGUCAGCGCGCACACACACUCCGUCCAUCUCCCCCAUGGAGGCUCUCUUUAUUGAGGAGGAUGCAGACCUGGGAAGGGGGCUGAACAGGGCUUCCAGACACACACACUCACACACACCGACCAGAAGCCUCACACACACUCACAGUCGGAACGGGACAGCUUUUAGUCCACACACACCCCCCAGCUCCGCGCACACACACCUCAGCCCCAAUCUGUCACACGUACACGUUACACACACACUCCAGUCUGCCGGUGAAGACCUCACCCGCCACCCAACCUCCGGACACACCCCUCCUGUCACUCAUAGAGACGACGACAUCGACACACUUCUGAUGGACUUGGAGUGUCUGUCGCAGAGCAUGGGUCGGGAGAGAGACAGAGUCAGAGAGGGAGAGAGAGAGACGGAGCCCCCUCUCCCCCCUAAGACCAGCCAGAGGGGGACAGGACAGGGGAACUCCUCCCCACAAACCCAACCCUCUCUCCAGACACAAACCCAAUUCAACCCCCAGGCUCAAAGGCCUGUUCCUGUUAGCCACCUAACCGCUAACGCCCAGGCCACUAGGUCGACCCCCAGCUCACCUGCUCCUCUCCCCCAGGCAGAGGGCAGCGUGGUGGGGCUGGGAGAUGAGGAGGACGGGGCCCUGCUGCUGAGGAUCCUUGAGAGCAUUGAGAGCUUUGCCCAGGAGCUGGUGGACUCUGGGGGUAGUCCUGGGAACACUGGGAAGACUGGGGCUCAGAGCAAAGAGAAGGAGGUGAUGAGACUCCUACAGGACACUCUGGCUACUGCAGCCAAGACUGACACUAUUACUCAGGCCAAACUACCUGGAUCUCCACCAGCUGGGCAAGAUGGACCGGUAUCCACGCCUGUACAUGUGUCUGCCUCCACUCCAGCACCUGCUCCCAGACUUACAGAUGGACCUGUUCCUACGGCUCUACCUGUCUCUACAGCUCCCACACCUGUCCCUGCCCAUAUCCCCACAACCCUAGCAGAGUCUGUCGCUACAGACCAAGCUACACCUUCUGCCCUACCCACACCUGUUCCACCACCUACAGUCGUACCCACACCUUCAGAAGCGGCUACAGUUGGACUGUUAGAGGCCGCUAGACGUGAACAUCCACCUGUAGCUGACCUGACAGCUGUACUUACCACCAAGGCCACCCCUCCACCGGCUGUAACCCCUGUCCCGCCCCCUACACCCACACCUGGAGAGGCACCUGUUCCAACCAUCGCUGCUCCUCCUGUUGCCGUGAGACACCCGGUUGCCCCUAGCGAUGUGGUUGCCCUGAGAGACAUCGGCUCGACGCUGCUCAUCCAGCAGACGCCCGAGGUGAUCAGAGUCCAGUCCAACAAGCAAGAUAAGAAACCUGGCACCCCUCCUCCAGCCCCUCUCUCCCCCACCCCCUCCGUUCCUCCUCCUCACCGCUCCCCCUCUCCUCCCCCCACUCCAGUCGUCCUCACCCCUCCUCCUCCCCCUCCUCCCCCUGCCCUCAACAUUCCCCGCUUCUACUACCCUCGAGGGUUACCUGGGGCAACAAAAGUUAACCACGACGCGGCCAUCACUGCCAUAGAAAAAGCCUUCACAGAGUUUGAGGAGGAGAAGGCUGAUAUUUACGAGAUGGGCAAGAUCGCUAAGGCAUGCGGCUGUCCUCUGUACUGGAAGGCAGCCAUGUUUAACGGAGCGGGAGGAGAGAGGACCGGCUUCGUCUCUGUUCACUCCUUCAUUGCUACCUGGAGAAAGUUGUUACAUAGUUGCUAUGACGAUUCGUCUAAGUUUAUCUACCUCCUAGCGAAGCCUGGCUGUACCUACCUGGACCAGGAGGACUUCAUACCUUUAUUACAGGACAUAGUGGACACUCACCCAGGACUGACGUUCUUGAAGGAUGCCCCAGAAUUCCAUUCCCGUUACAUCACCACCGUGAUUCAGCGGAUAUUCUAUGUGGUCAACCGCUCAUGGACGGGUCGCAUCACCAUGACGGAACUACGCAGGAGCAACUUCCUGCAGACCCUGGCCCUGUUGGAAGAGGAGGAUGAUAUAAACCAGAUAACAGAUUAUUUCUCUUAUGAGCAUUUCUAUGUGAUUUACUGUAAGUUCUGGGAGUUGGACACGGACCACGACCUUUACAUUGACCCUAAGGACCUGGCUCGUUACAACGACCACGCAUCCUCAAGCAGAAUCAUUGAGAGGUUGUUCUCAGGAGCCGUUACACGGGGUAGCUCAGUGCAGAGAGAAGGGAAGAUGAGUUAUGCAGAGUUCAGCUGGUUCCUCAUCUCAGAGGAAGACAAGAAAAACCCUACAAGUAUAGAGUACUGGUUCAGGUGUAUGGACACAGAUGGGGACGGUGUGUUGUCUAUGUUUGAGUUGGAGUACUUCUAUGAGGAGCAGUGUAGUAGGAUGGAGGGGAUGGGCAUUGAACCCCUACCCUUCACAGACCUGCUCUGUCAGAUGCUAGACCUUGUCAAACCUGAAAGCCAAGGUAAGAUAACCCUGUCUGAUCUGAAGAGGUGUAGGAUGGCUCAUAUAUUCUUCGACACGUUCUUCAACCUGGAGAAAUACCUGGACCACGAGCAGAGAGACCCCUUCGCUUUGCAGAAGGACAUAGACAACGAGUGUCCAGAGCCUUCAGACUGGGAUAAAUACGCUUCAGAGGAAUAUGAGAUCCUGGUGGCAGAAGAGACAGCUAAUGAACAGCUGCAGGAGGGGACAUUUGAUGAUGACUAUGAAGAGGCUGAGCUUCCUGUUCAAGGAGAGAUGGUUGGGAAUAAGAUGGAUAAGCUGCUCAUAUCAGAUCUGUCAGCAUGAAAUUCCCAAAGCCUGGAAUACCUCUCCCUUCUCCUUGGAUAUACCGGAGACAGGGGAAAGAGGAAGAGGGAUGGACGGGGAGAAAUGAAGAAAAAGCUAAAGUGAUGGAGGACUCCAAACUCUCUCACCUUCUCCUUUCAUACACAGACAGGGACAGAGGAGAUGGUGAAAGAUGGAGAGAAGACAGAGGGAUGGACUGAAAAAGAGAGAGGAUGGACAGAACGAGAGAGCACUCUGGCAGCUGUCCUCUCAGCCCUCUGUAGGAGAAAAAACGUGUUUUCCACUCUUUUAUCUUCAUUGGAGUUUGUGUGUGUUGUGUAUGCAUGUGUGUGUGUGUAUGUGUGUGUGUUUGUGUCAUCCCAAAGACUGUGUUUGGUGCAAUAAUGUGUCUUAACAUGUUUAACAUGUAGAAGUAAGAAAGCACAAAUCCUGAUAUGGAGAUACUUCCUGUAUUAUGUGUAUAAUAACUGCCAUAUAGAGAUUUUUCACUGACAAUCAACUACGAGACAAUCAACUAAUCAAUCAAGUUGUUUUCAAAUGUGUCAAUAAACACACACACACACACACACACACACACACACACACACACACACACACACACACACACACACACACACACACACACACACACACACACACACACACACACACACACACACACACACACACACACACACGAACACACACACACACACAGUACAUACUCACAGCUCUGUGCAAAACACCGCCAUCUUGUGGUCACUAGUUAUACUGCUGGCUGCUCUUACAGACUAGUGACGUUUGGAAAAGGGAGUUGUUAGUCCGUUUAUAAACCUCAUUUUCAGUGUUCUAUUUCAGAAUGUUACUGUUUGAAUAGUUUGAUAAGGCAGGCCAUUGUGUGUUUGAUUCAUUUAGAAUUAGUCAAAUGUUUCAUUCUGUUUGAGAUAAAACGCAUGUCCUGUAUAUUCCGCCCAUAUACUUUUCAAAGAGUUCUCUCAUGGCAGAGGCUGCGUCAGAAAUGGCAGUCUAUUCCUUAUAUAGUGCACUAUAACUUCUAGGGAGUAAAGUGUCAUUCUAGAUUUGACCAGAAUCAACCACAGCGUACAUAGACUGAGCUGUAACAAACUAACUAUGAACUAACUAUCUCUCUGGUAGAGAUGUUGCUGUAUAAACCAAAACAUAUGCAGAAGUGACACACACACUUGCUAGCCACAAGGCGCCCUGUCGACACGUGGAACAGAACAGUAAAGCUAACAGGCGUUGUCAUGUGUCACCAAAGGGGAUGUUCAAAUAGCAUGAUGUUACAGAUGAAAACAGUGGGCCUAACUGCCAUCCAGUCAUUAUCCUUUUCAGCAUCAAUUAUUCUUGAGUUUGUCACUGGUGAAUGUUGGUGGUGUUUUAAAGCUGUGGUCGUGCGUGCGUGUGUGUGUAUUUGUGGGUGUGUGUGUGUGUUUCUUUAAUAGCAACAAUCUGUCGCUAUAUAUCCAUUGUAAAUGUGUAUUUAACUCUACAUAGUCUAGCCAUUGUGUAAAGAUUAUGCAACUGAUGCUUUGUGUUGCUGUGUCAUUCUGUGGCUCGACGGGGUUCGGUUAUGUGGCGUGUGACCCAAAUGCACAGGGAUGAUUGGUCGGAGGUCAUAGAAGGUCACGCCCACCAGACAAUCGACUGUCAAUCAAUUUGUCAAUCACCUAUAAAUCAGUUUGAUAAUCUGAUUGGGUAAUAAGGAGCAUCUUGUUGUGACUGGAUUGGGCACACUGGUAGCUCCUCCCUUUAGAGAGACUCAUGCUGCUGUAGAGUAACACACACACACACACACACACACACACACACACACACACACACACACACACACACACACACACACACACACACACACACACACGUAUAUAAGACGCUGCUAUGUCUGACUCUAUGCAAACAAUCUGCUUUUUUGCUCACUGCCCUGGGAACACACACACAUCUGCUCUGUACUAGGUGCACGGGGCAGGGUGAGAAGCCAUGAUGGAACUGCCUCUGACCGGAGACACUUCUGCCACAACGAGGACUUUUACUUUGAAAUGUAUGUCUGUUUUAAACAACUUUUACUUAGAUGUUUUUUCUUCUGUUAUUUGAUGUUUUACUUCCUGGUUGAUGAGGCUUCAGUAGAUGUUCUUGUGUUCGCAUGGCUUCCUUCUUUCUAUCUCUCCUUGUUUCUUUCCUUUGUUUUCUUCUGAAACUGAAUUCAAAUAAAGACGAUUUAAGGUUGGAGAGAAAAAAUGAA